AUGCGCUUUGCGUUUCUUUCCUCGAAAAUCGCUACGUCUAUCUCUAUACUUGCAGUACCAACCGGUCUGCAUGCUAGAGUCGACGUGUUGGUGGAGCCUCGGGCAACUCCUGCUAAGCCGGCGCUGUGUGUGCGCGACCCCAGCACCACGAAAGAGCAGAACGAGGCUCAGUUCGAUGCUUUUGUGCAGGCCUUGAUCUACAAGCCUGAUAUUACUGAAGCAUUUUCAUAUAUUGCCCAGGACUAUGUUAACCACAGUGUUUCAGGGUCAAAUGGAUUUGACACUGGAUGGAAUGCUCUGUCGCUCACUUGGGACCCGUCAAGCAUCACGCCACUAGACGCAACGUUCCGGUAUCCUCAGGGCUAG